GAAAUACAACACUGACAUUACUAACACUGACAGUUUAAAAGCCAAAUAAGUUUAUUGUGAACUUCACAAGUGUUUUGUCCCACCCCCUUUACCACUAAACCAAGCCCCUUUUGUUCACUAUUAAGUUGUGAAAUAUUCACCUCGGUUAUUGUGGGUUACCCUGCUUCACUCUGAACAUCUGCCCUCAUUCGUGCUCCUCUCCUCUGUGGCCCUGGGUGAUCGGACAGGUGGGUGGCCCACUGACACCCUCUGCACCCCACGGGUGAGCGGGGCACAGCAAAAUGGCUGCCCUUGCCAGCUCGCUAAUCCGACAGCGCAGAGAAGUCAAGGACCCCCAGGCCAACCGGCAGGUCUCCAACAAACGGAAGCCCUGCCCCAAGACCAACAAGUCGCUCUGCCAGAAACAGAUCCUCAUCCUCAUCUCCAAAGUCCGGCUUUGUGGCAGCCGAGGGAGAAAGUUGGAGAAAAGACCCGAGCCUCAGUUGAAAGGUAUCGUCACACGUCUGUACUGUCGACAUGGAUUCUACCUGCAGAUGUUACCCGACGGCACCCUGGAUGGCACAAAGGACGAAAGCAGCUCCUUCUUGCUGUUCAACUUGAUUCCUGUGGGUCUGAGGAUAGUGGCCAUCCAAAGCACCAAGACUGGUCUCUACAUUGGUAUGAACAGUGAAGGCUACCUCUACACUUCGGUAAGACUAACUGUGUGCAGGUGGAAGUGGUUUGACACCAUCAUCAUUAAUGGCAAUGGAGUGAUGGUGACUGCUGAUGGUCAGGUAUCAAUAGAUGAACAGUGGGCUGAAGCUGACAUCAACAAUGUGAUGCUGGAUUCAUUGUAA